ACGUUUCCACUCCGUGGAACCGAGUGAUUCUCGCCGGGGAAUUCGGGCGCUAUUUAAAGACAGCCCGGAGCGUCCAGAUGAGGCACAUUCGCUGCUCAACCCUCGAGCCGUUAAGAUCCGAAAAACCAAAAAAAUAAACGAAGUGAGCAAGUGUCGAAAAACACAUAGUUCCCUGUACAAGAAAUUAUUAAAAUGCUUAACAUGGAAAGUGCGGGUGUGGGUGCUGCGAUGGCGGGUCUGAGCAAAUCGCUCACAACGCCCUUCUCCAUUAACGACAUUCUAACGCGUACAAAUCCGGAAACGCGUCGUAUGUCCAUCGUGGACUCUGAGCCGGACACGGAAAAGUUCAAGCCCUCUGAUCGCGAGCGAUCCUCCUCCAAAUCACCGUCUCUCUGCUGCCGAGAUUUCAGCCUUUACAGUCUGCCUCAAGCCAAGGAGACACCACCGAAUUCCAGACAAGCCACCAACUAUAUGCAGUAUUAUUCGACGCCGGUGGAUAAUGCUAACCAUCACCAGGCAACAGCAAUAUCGAACUGCAGUGCCGCGGACUAUAUGCAGCGCAAAUUGGCAUACUUUGGAUCCGCACUCGCCGCUCCUUUGGACAUGAGACGCUGCACCAGCAACGAUUCCGACUGCGACACACCGCCGCCUUUAAGCAGUUCGCCCUCAGAAUCGCAGCUUUCACAUGACGGCAGUGGUUUGAACCGCAAAAAACGGUCGCGUGCCGCCUUUAGCCAUGCCCAAGUCUUUGAACUGGAGCGUCGUUUUGCCCAACAGCGCUAUUUAUCCGGCCCGGAACGCAGCGAGAUGGCCAAGAGCUUGCGCCUGACGGAGACCCAGGUGAAGAUAUGGUUCCAGAACCGUCGCUACAAGACCAAACGUAAGCAGAUCCAGCAGCACGAGGCGGCCCUUCUGGGGGCCAGUAAGAGGGUUCCUGUCCAGGUUUUGGUGCGGGACGAUGGCAGCACCGCCUACGCCCACAUCGCUGCCCCGGGGCCGGGGCGCGGCCUGGAUCCCGCCCUGAUCAACAUCUAUCGCCACCAGUUGCAGUUGGCUUACGGAGGUCUGCCGCUGCCCCAGAUGCAGAUGCCGUUCCCGUACUUUUACCCGCAACACAAGGUGCCGCAGCCCAUCCCACCGCCCACUCAGUCGUCCAGUUUUGCGACCGCAUCCUCCGCAUCCUCGUCACCAGUUCCCCUUCCGGGCGCAGUUCGCGCUCAGCGGACCCCUUGUCCCAGUCCUACUGGCCAGAUGGUGAGUGUGGAGAGCGGAGCCGAGAGCAUUCACUCGGCGCCGGAGGAUGGCGACGAGAAUGUGGAGAUCGACUAGGUGAAAAAAGCCAUAUCCCGUAUUAAAAGAGUGGUUACGUUCUUGUGAUAGCCGUAGAAGUUGUGUUGUAGUCUCUAUGUGUAACCAAUAGAUGCCCAAUAGCUUUAGUAGCCUUAAGUGUUAGUUGUACCAAUUGAGAGCUAAAUAAAAUCGUAA